AGGAAGCAACACCAGCUCUUCUCUUCUGCGCGAGCUCUCUCUAGAACUUUCAACUCUUCUCUUCUUGUACCUUCGGAUAGUUUCGUAGCCUCAGACAUGGCGCGUCUCAAGUUCUUGAUUUUCUGGGCUUUAGCUCUGGUGGCUUCAGCAUCCAUGGCUUCGGCGGCGAUCGUGGAGCACACGUUUCAUGUGCAAAACCUGACGGUGAAUCGGUUGUGCCACCGGCAAGUGAUUACAGCGGUUAACGGAAGCCUUCCGGGUCCGGCCAUACACGUCCAGGAGGGUGACACGCUCGUGGUCCACGUCUUCAACAAGUCACCUUACAACCUCACUAUUCACUGGCAUGGAGUGUUUCAGCUAUUGAGUGGUUGGGCCGACGGACCCGAAUACAUCACGCAGUGCCCAAUACCACCCGGAAAUAGUUACACUUACAAAUUCACCAUCACCGGACAAGAGGGGACCCUUUGGUGGCAUGCCCACGUCCAGUGGAUCCGUGCGACGGUUCACGGAGCCCUCAUCAUCCGCCCCCGAUCGGGUCACAAAUACCCGUUCCCUAAGCCCCAUAGAGAAGUUCCCAUUAUACUUGGAGAGUGGUGGAAUGCUAAUGUUGUCGAUGUGGAAAACCAAGCGUUGGCGAUCGGCGCCGCCCCGAACAACUCUGAUGCCUAUACCAUCAACGGGAGACCCGGGGAUCUCUAUAAUUGCUCUCAAAAUCCUAAGUUCACGUACACAUAUAAGGUGGAGCAAGGGAAGACCUAUCUGCUGCGCAUAAUCAACGCCGCCCUCAAUAAUCGGCUCUUCUUCAAGGUGGCUGGCCACAAGAUGACGGUCGUCGCAGUUGACGCCUCAUACACCAAGCCCUACUUGACGAACGUCGUCCUCGUUGCCCCGGGCCGGACUACCGACGUCCUCCUCACCUUCAACAAAGCCCCCGGGGCCUACUACAUGGCGGCCAGCCCGUGCGCUGAUGCCCCCAACGUGUCGUUCGACAACACGACCACCCGGGGCAUCUUCAUCUACCAAAACACGCCCUCCCACGCCGUCAUCGCCCCUAAAAUGCCAACCCUCCCUGCCUUCAACGACACCCCCACGGCCCACAAGUUCAACAGCAACCCGACCGCAUUGGUCGGCGGGCCCCACUACGUUCCGGUGCCACGAAGCAUCGACCAUCACAUGCUUGUGACCGUGGCGCCGGCCUUGGCGCCUUGCGGUAAGCCCGGCAACAACUCCCGCGGCGGCCCCAGUGGGCGAGGGCUCUCGGCCAGCAUGAACAACGCCUCUUUCCGGUUCCCCACGAAGCCGUCCAUCCCGCAAGCGCACUUCUUCAACGUCCGAGGAAUCUACACCACCGAUUUCCCCAACAAGCCGCCGGUGGCGUUCGAUUACACAAACCAGAACAAUAGCUUGAAUCAGGCCCUCAUAUUCGCGCCCAAGAAGACGAGCAUCAAGAAAGUCAAGUACAAUGCCACGAUUGAGAUGAUCUUGCAGGACACCUCGUUCCUCGCCGUCGAGAACCACCCCAUGCAUCUCCACGGGUUCAAUUUCCAUGUCUUGGCUCGGGGUUUCGGCAAUUUCAACCCGAAGACCGACAGGAAGAAGUUCAACCUCAUGAACCCACAGAUCCGGAACACGAUCGGCGUCCCCGUCGGAGGGUGGGCCGCCAUCCGAUUCCAAGCCAAUAAUCCAGGUGCAUGGAUCUUCCAUUGCCAUCUAGACGUCCACUUGCCGUUGGGCUUGGCCACGGUGUUCGUCGUCGAGAAUGGGCCAACUCCGUCGUCCACGUUGCCGCCUCCACCUAUCGACCUGCCAAAAUGCUGACACUUCUCCAAUUACUUUUAUUUAAUUUAACUUUAUUUGUAAUUUCGUCCGCCAAGAAUUAUUGUUCGUUAUUUCCUUCUAUUUGGGUCUCUAAUUCUUUUGCCAUUCCUUCCGAGGCAAGAAAAAGCUUGUAAUAAGGACAGAGAUCCUAGUCGCUAUUA